AUGAGACACCCCCCCCAGUGCCCCCCAGUAUUCCCAGUGCUCCCAGAGCCCACCAGUUCCUCCCAGUGCUUCCCAGUGCACACCAGCCAUCGCUGUCCCCCCGCCCGGAGCGGCCAUCGCUGCGUCGCCGACAGCUCCAACCUGUACGUGUUCGGGGGGUACAACCCCGACUACGACGAGUCGGGCGGCCCCGACAACGAGGAUUAUCCCCUGUUCCGGGAGCUCUGGAGGUACAACUUCGCCACUGACACCUGGCACCAGCUGGGCACCGAGGGCUACAUGCCCAGGGAGCUGGCAUCCAUGUCCCUGGUCCUGCACGGGAACAACCUGCUGGUGUUCGGGGGCACCGGGAUCCCCUUCGGGGAGAGCAACGGCAACGACGUCCACGUCUGCAACGUCAAGUACAAGAGGUGGGCCCUGCUCAGCUGCAGGGGCAAGAAACCCAACAGGAUCUAUGGACAGGCCAUGGCCAUCAUCAACGGCUGCCUCUACGUGUUCGGCGGCACCACCGGCUACAUCUACAGCACCGACCUGCACCGGCUCGACCUCAACACCCGGGAGUGGGUCCAGCUGAAACCCAACAACAUGUCCUGUGACAUGCCCGAGGAGAGGUACAGACACGAGAUGGCCCACGACGGGCAGAGGAUUUACAUCCUGGGAGGGGGAACCUCCUGGACAGCCUAUUCCUUGGACAAGAUCCACGCCUACAACCUGGAAACCAACACCUGGGAGGAGAUUCCCACCAAACCCCACGAGAAAGUCGGUUUUCCAGCUGCCAGAAGGUGCCACAGCUGCGUCCAGAUAAAAAAUGGUGAGAUUUGGCCUCUGGAAAACCACUGGAUCUGGGAUAACCAGGCACUGGGGAGCUGGGAAAGCUGCAGGGAAUGUGUGGCUUUCCUGGAAGGGGCCGGCUGCAUGUACGUGCACGGAGGGGUGGUGAACAUCCACGAGAACAAACGGACUGGCUCCCUCUUCAAGCUGUGGCUGGUGGUUCCCAGCCUGCUGGAACUGUGCUGGGAAAAGCUCCUGGAAUAUUUCCCCCACUUGGCCACCCUGUCCCGGCCUCAGCUCCUGCACCUCGGACUCACCCAGGGACUGGUGGAGCGGCUAAAAUGAGGGUUCUGCUCCUCCCUCACCCCCCCCCGAGAUUCCCUGUGCCGCAGAACCCCCUUCCCAGCCUUAUUUAUGGACACCCUGGAUCGGUGGGAACGCCGGGAACCCGCCCGGAGCCUCAUCCCGCGGAUCCGGCGCCGCCUUCCGGGACCUUCGGAGCCCUUGGGAAAGCAAACAAACAAACAGAGAGACAAACAGAAAUCAAUCCCCUUUUUAUUUAUGGAGCUCCCAGAUCCCAAAACCUUCCCUGGGACUCAUCCAACCAGCCCGCUGCCGGGAUUAAUUAGGGAGCUAAUUAAGGAAUGCCCGCCCGCACUGACUGACGAGGAACAGUCGCCGCACAACCACCCCCCGGCUGCUCUUUUCCCGGGAUAACUCAUCCCUCCUUCCCAACUGAGCUCCCCCUCUCCCAUCCCAGCAAUCCCUCCUGAGCUCCCCCUCUCCCAUCCCAACAAUUCCCAACAGCCCCUCCUGCUUUUUGCACGUCUUUCCCGGGCCGUAUUCCCGCAGCUUUCCCCGGAGCAGCGCUUGGAAACAACCCCCCUGCCCCUCCUUGAGAGGUUUCCUUGGAAAACCAGAGGGAAAAGCUGCUGCUCCAGGGCAGCUGAACAGGGAGUGGGGAGGGAGAAGCUUUGCCUGAGGCUGUUUUAACCUUUCCUGCUCGUGGAAUGAGCCCCAGGAAAACUCCCCCCGUGGAUUUCGGGCUCCAAACCCCCCCCAG